AUGGUCUGGAAAGUACUACGCUCAAAUAAGAGAGGGUUGGCAAUGGGACAACGACUGGCUCCAAGCCUUGCCAUUGCAUUUAUGUCUAAGGUGGAAGCACCGGUGAUUGAUCUCGGGCCGCUACUCUACUGUAGGUAUGUAGACGACUGCUUUGUCCUUUGCUCAACACAAGAGAAAAUGGACAAAUGCUUCGAAUUGUUAAACGCACAGUCAGAGUAUAUCAAGUUCACCCGAGAAAAGCCGAAAGAAAAAUGGCUUCCAUUUUUGAACGUACAAAUUCACCUAUCAGAAAAUGGCUACAUUACAAAAUGGUACCGAAAGCCAAGUAGUAAAAACAUCUUGGUUCAUUACCUCUACCUCUCACCCCUCUCACACGAAAAGGGCGCUUAUAAGAAACAUGUUUCGAACAGCAACCAACGUGUGCACGGGAAGAGAGCAGAGGGAGGAGUCCCGGAACUUGGCACGGCAAAUAGCCGUUUCUAA